UGUGUUUGUUUUUUUUUCCCACAGCCAGUAUUUUGGGUAUUACACUGAAGCCAAAGCAGCAAGACCACACGUAAUACAUAAAUAACACAAAUUGAGAUUGAUUAUGAAGACCUUUUGUGGAAGAGCUAAUCCAACCACUGGUGCAAUGGAGUGGUUAGAAGAGGAUGAGAACUAUGACUACCAUCAGGAAAUCGCAAGGUCACGCUAUGCAGAUAUGCUUCAUGAUAAAGACAGAAAUACAAAGUAUUAUCAAGGUAUUCGUGCUGCAGUGAACAGAGUAAAAGAAAGAGGUGAGAAAGCAAUUGUUCUAGACAUAGGGACUGGCACAGGGCUCCUGUCUAUGAUGGCAGCUUCAGCAGGUGCAGAUUUCUGCUAUGCAGUUGAGGUUUUCAAGCCCAUGGCUAAUGCUGCUGUGAAGAUAGUAGAGAAAAAUGGUUUUCGUGACAAGAUCAAGGUAAUCAACAAGCACUCCACUGAAGUCACAGUUGGGCCAGAUGGAGAUAUGCAGUGUCGUGCAAACAUCCUGGUAACAGAAUUAUUUGAUACAGAGCUGAUAGGAGAAGGAGCUUUACCAACCUACGAGCAUGCACAUAAAUACCUUGUACAGAAUAAAGCUGUUGGAGUACGUAUUAUAAAUCACAGAGGACCAGAGGAGAAUAAAGCAGAUGUUUGUGUUGAGAGUCCUGUUUGUAGAUGUCAGGCUCAUCUUCUUUGGAAUAGACCGCGCUUUGGGGCAUUAAAUGAUCAGAACCGAACAUCCCAAUACAUCAAGUCUUUGAUGAAAGUUCUGAAAACAGAUAGUGUUUGCCUCUGUAUCAGUGAUGGCAGUCUACUGCCUGUGCUGGCUCACUAUCUUGGAGCAAAGCAGGUGUUUACAUUAGAAAACUCUGCUGUGGCCUGUUCUGUCAUGGAAAAAGUUUUUAAAACAAAUCAUCUUGACGAUAAAAUUAAAAUAAUAGAAGCACGUCCCGAGUUGCUGACGACUUCUCAUUUGGAAGACAAAAAGAUUUCUGUUCUUGUGGGAGAGCCAUUUUUUACUACAAGUUUGUUGCCGUGGCAUAACCUGUAUUUCUGGUAUGCUAGGACAGCUGUGACCAGUCACCUUACCAACAAUGUCACCAUCCUACCUCAAUCUGCGUCUUUGCACAUGAUGAUUGUGGAAUUUCAGGACUUAUGGAGAAUCCGGAGUCCAUGUGGCACCUGUGAAGGUUUUGAUGUCCAGACUAUGGAUGAUAUGAUUAAAAAUUCUCUGAAUUUUAGGGAAUCCAGGGAAGCAGAACCUCACCCUCUGUGGGAAUAUCCUUGCAAGUCACUCUCUGACCCUCAGGAAGUUUUGACAUUUGACUUCAGAAAGACUGUACCACAACAUGGUCUUGGCACAGAGGGUUCUGUAAAUCUUUUACGAAAAGGAAAGAGCCACGGAGCAGUUCUGUGGAUGGAAUAUCAUCUUGCUGCUGAUAUCUCUGUUAGUACAGGACUGAUGCAAAUUUCAAAUGAAAAGGGAAACUGUGAAUGGAAUCCCCACUGCAAGCAAGCUGUCUAUUUCUUCAGUUCUGUUAUUGAAUCAGAAAUUCUGUCAGACCCUCCUAGUGCUGUCUCGUAUGCUAUAAAUUUCGACACAAAGACAGGAGAGAUUGCCAUGGAUUUUAAGCUAUUGUAAAAUACUUUCCUCUUACUCAUAUACCUAAAUUGUAUUAAACUUUACAUAGUAUUUUUUUUGUAUGGCAGAGGGAUUUUUUUAUUGUGCUCAGAGAGCAAACUGUCUGUUCUGAAAUGUACUUGAAAUCUUAUUAGUUUUGUUUUCAAAAUAUAUAGUUGGGGAGGUAGAGAGGAACCUUUUCUUAAGGGCAGGUUUUCCUCACAGGGUUUAUAUACAUACAUACACAUACUUGUUAUUAUCUGUUUUAGUAAAACUCUGGUAUUUGGGGGGUUUGAAUAGUGUUAUGGAGCUACAAAACAGUUGACUUACUGACUAUUGCAUGGCAUAUCUGUGGGUGAAAAACUAAAAAAAACUAAACCUUACACUAGCAUUAGAU